GGUGUCGAGUUUAGUUGCGAGUCGAACGCCAAGACGGGAGGUUGUCGCACCCUAGCCACCGACCCUUGCUCUGAGAAUACUCUGGAAUUUGGAACGUUUUCGUGGUCAUUAUUAGUGACAUUAAAUUCAGUGGACGUUUGUUUGUGUGGAAAUUUAAACAUUCACUGAGUGACUUAAAAUCGUGUCUCAUUUUACUAACUGCGAAUACGCAGCAUUAAACCAAUGUAGUUACAUAACAAAAGCUACAGAAUAUAAUUAAAGAACUGUUCUGAUAAAUGGUAAUCUAGAGGAAAGAGAUCAUGUAUGAAUUAAAGUCAAUAAAACGAGGGAGAAGUGGUGUAGAGGCAUCACUAACAACGCCACGACUAAUGUGCGCCAGGAAGUGAAGAAUUGAGACAAUGACGGAGACACCACCUACACCCCUACUGACACCACCUACACCUCCCCACUGACACCACCGUAACACUUAAGGAUCACUGACGAUACUUGAGUGACACUUGUGAUAACGCUCAACAGAGCUAGUGACAAUUUUGUUUUAAGCCCAUGCUAAUUCCAUUAUAAACACUGUUUUAAGCCCAUGCUAAUUCCAUUAUAAACACUGUUUUAAGCCCAUGCUAAUUCCAUUAUAAACACUUGGUGCCGACUGUGCUCUUCAGUUGUGCUUAAAACUGGCACCUUUAAGAAGCUCAAGACACUGAUGGUCGCACUAACAAACUAAGGGCCGCGGGCAGAACUUGACGGAGAUUGAACAAAACUUAAAUAAACCCUGACAACAGCAAAGAAUUCCGGCAAUAACCGAAGUACUCCUGACAACACUAGGGAGCCCUGACAACACUAGGGAGCCCUGACAACACUAGGGAACCCCUGACAACACUAGGGAACCCUGAAAACAUUACUGAGCCCUGCCAACACACAGGAGCCCUGACAACAUACAGGAGCCCUGCCAACACACAGGAGCCCUGGCAACAUUACUGAGCCCUGCCAACACACAGGAGCCCUGACAAUAUACAGGAGCCCUGCCAACACACAGGAGCCCUGCCAACACACAGGAGCCCUGCCAACACACAGGAGCCCCGGCAACACACAGGGGCCCUGCCAACACACAGGGGCCCUGACAACAUUACGAAGCCCUGACAACACACAGGAGCCCUGAUAACACACAGGAGCCCUGGCACCACUAGAGAGACCUGACAACAUUACGGAGCCUUGAUAACACACAGGAGCCCUGACAACACACAGGAGCCCUGACAACACACAGGAGCCCUGACAACAUUACGAAGCCCUGACAACACACAGGAGCCCUGACAACACACAGGAGCCCUGACAACACACAGGAGCCCUGACAACAUUACGGAGCCCUGACAGCAUUACGGAGCCCUGACAACACACAGGAGCCCUGACAACAUUACGGAGCCCUGACAACACAGGAGCCCUGAUAACACACAGGAGCCCUGAAAAUACACAGGAGCCCUGACAACACACAGGAGCCCUGACAACACAGGAGCCCUGAUAACACACAGGAGCCCUGACAACACACAGGAGCCCUGAUAACACACAGGAGCCCUGAAAACACACAGGAGCCCUGACAACACACAGGAGCCCUGACAACACACAGGAGCCCUGACAACACACAGGAUCCCUGACAACAUUACGGAGCCCUGACAACACACAGGAGCCCUGACAACAUUACGGAGCCCUGACAACACACAGGAGCCCUGACAACACACAGGAUCUCUGACAACACACAGGAGCCCUGGCAACACACAGGAGCCCUGACAACAUUACGGAGCCCUGACAACACACAGGAGCCCUGACAACACACAGGAGCCCUGACAACACACAGGAGCCCUGACAACACACAGGAGCCCUGACAACACACAGGAGCCCUGACAACACACAGGAGCCCUGACAACACACAGGAGCCCUGACAACACACAGGAGCCCUGACAACAUUACGGAGCCCUGACAACACACAGGAGCCCUGACAACACACAGGAGCCCUGACAACACACAUGAGCCCUGACAACACACAGGAGCCCUGACAACACACAGGAGCCCUGACAACACACAGGAGCCCUAACAGCACACAGGAGCCCUGACAACACACAGGAGCCCUAACAACACACAGGAGCCCUGACAACACACAGGAGCCCUGACAACACACAGGAGCCCUGACAACAUUACGGAGCCCUGACAACACACAGGAGCCCUGACAACACACAGGAGCCCUGACAACACACAGGAGCCCUGACAACACACAGGAGCCCUGACAACACCUGAGAAAAUUGGCAGCACCAAAAGACAGGUUGAUCGCUGAAGAAGACUGGACAAGGGACACCGGGCCGCUGUGUAUUAUAGCUCGCACCUGGCGGCCGCCAAGAUGAUCAUCAGUAAAGAUCUACAGGACAUUCUUGAAGGAGUGCACUACUUCCUGAGCGAGGCGCUGCCGGGGGAGCCCCUGAGCGGGAAGCUGGAAUGUCUUCGUCGUGGGCUGGUGAUGCAGCUGGAGGCGCUGGCUCUGGCCUACCCCACCCUCAGGAUACGGGCCCGCUCCUCCACCUCCCUCCCCUACCUCGCCAUGGACCAGGCCAACCUCCACAUUGGGCAGCACUUGAGCGAGAGUAUGAGCAGCGGCAGCAGCGGCUCCAACAGCUACAGUAACAGCUCGAGCGGGGACGGCCUGGUGACGGGUCCUGGCCGGGGCGGCUGUGACACCCUCCACCGUCAGCUCCUCCUGCAGGAUGAAGAAUAUGAAGACUUUCAAGAUAACAAAAGAAAUAGUGGAAUCAUAGAAGAGAGGUCAGAGAGAAGUCGGGAGGAUGCUGAUGAAAAGGAGGAUGCUGAAGACGUUUAUAUGGAAGCUGUUGAAGCUAUGCCCUUUAGUAGCAUCAUAGCCACCUGUGAUAGACAUGGGGUGCUCAUAAAGAAAACCAAAGGUCUCCUAAGGAAUGUGAAGAGCUACCAUUGUGUGGCAGCCAAUGGGAUGCUCUACCUCUAUCUCAAGGAGGCAGAUGAAAGGCAACGCAAGACAAUUGAUCUAACAGGAUACUCAGCAAGACCAGCAACUGGUGAAGACAUUCGAGACCAGCGAAAAAGAGAUGCAGCAUUUGAAAUCGUUGGCCCAGGAAAGAAGACACAUACGUUUAUUGCACGGACAGCUCGUGAUAAAAUGGAUUGGUUGGCUGCCAUAGAUCACUCCAUUAAGUAUGGCAGAAUCCGCAUACAAUCUUCCAGUAGUUCUGUAGCAGAAGCAGUCGCAUAUAAUAAUACAAGUGGAGACACGUUUAAAGGAGGUACUGAAUUAAUCCUGCCACCGAAAGCUCCUCUACCUCUACAGAUAAUACAUAGAAAGGAUGACAAGCCUGCAGAUGAAUAUUUUUAUUAUCAUGAUGUUGCUAGUGAUGUCAGAGAUGAAGUGUAUGAGGAAGUAGAUCCUGAAGGCAUGGUGGUGGGGAACAUUGAGACACUACCACCACCGCCACCGCCACUAUCUCAACCCCCGGAUUAUGACCCGAUAUAUCCUGAUGACUUCCCACAACCUCCCUCUUUGACUCCAUUACCAUCAACGCCCAGUUUAAGAAGACCCCCUCCGGGACGACCACCACUUCCAGAUGUUCUCCAAGAUCGAUUAAACAAACAAGCAGUAAGACCACUUCCUGAUGCUCCACCAGAACCCAAUGAGGGUGAUGAUCCUAUUGGCAUUUAUUGUGAAAUUGAAGAAGACAUAGUUGAAAUUGGCCGUGAAAAUCUGAUGAAGACUCUUGAAGCACAGAAAGACAGUAGCAAAAUGGAAGGUGUAAACUCUAAUUCAGAUACAGAAAUUUCAGUUUUCUCUGAUGGUUUACAUCACCAGAAGACUACUGAAAUGCCAUCUAUCAAUUCAAGAUCAUCAUCAAACUCCUUAGUUGGAUUUCUCAGUGAUGAAAUAUUUAUGAAUAUAUCAGAAUUUAGUCCUUCACAUCACUUACAAAAAUAUCCUUUAAGGUCAUCUAACCCGAUAACACCACCCAAAUUACCUCCUAAAGGGAUUCCAAUUCCUUCAGUAGUGGAUGAUGAUUCUGAAUAUAAGGUGCCCUGCAUAGUUCCAAACAUAGAUGCUGAAUAUCAAAUUCCACCCUCAAAUCCCAUUCCUACUGAUGCUGAAGAAAUAGCUGAACCUGAAACAGUGCACGAAAUUUCAGGACCCAUACCUACAGCUUCUCAGAUGUACCAAGUUCCUCCUUCUCAGACCAUUGUCUCCAUCAAGCCAAAUGUAAAUGAAAGAAAAAACUCAAUUAUUGAAGAAUGCUCCAGACCAAUGAGUUCAUUUUUAAGUGGGCAAGAAGAUCCCUACCCAAAAAGCACCUUAAAAGCUUUAACAAAACGAUUUGAAAAGAUAGAAGACAUUCAGGCCAGAGACGGAACAAGAGAGAUUCAACAGUCAUGUCAGGGAACAUCAGUUAAGGAUAUAAUUGCACGAAUAAAUAAAAAUAAAACCAUAGCUGAAAAGGAUGAUCACCUUAAAAGUAGAGAGGAACCAGUUUGCUCUGCUGUUACUGCAAAUGAUAAAGAGGAUGAUAUGCCUCCUAAAUCUAAUCUCCCUAUUGAAAAUACAAUACCAGCAACAGUUUCUGAGCAGAAAUUGAUUAAACCAGUGUUACCGCCUAGGCCACAUAACCUCAUAAAUGGAACUACAAUAACACAGAAAAGCAUGCCACCAAUUGAGGAAAUCAAGAGCUCUAAUUCAACAUUAGAAAAUGGGGAUGCAUCUGAUGAUGACCAUUAUGAAACACCAGAUGACAACAGCUUUGAAGGCAAUCAUCAGCAAGACUCUCAAGGUGAAGAUGCAAUUGCUCCAUGGAGAACUGUGCCAGAGACAACAGGAGAUUGGUAUGUAGCAAAGUUUGCCUUUGUGGCUACCAUUGACCAGGCACUAAGCUUCAACCGGGGUGAUGUUAUUUUAAUACAUGAUACAACAGGCAAUUCCGGCUGGUGGAAGGCAACGCAUAAAGGACGUUCUGGUCUUGUGCCACGAGAGUACCUCAAAAAGAAGGAUUAAUGUGCAUAACCACAUUCAUAACUGUACAGUAUUGAAAGUUGUACAAUGUAUCAGUGUACAAGGAGAAUUAAAUCGUGAAAAUUAAGCUCAUUCUUUCGAUUUUACGAGCAUCUAAUUUGUAUAUGUUUGCCUAAUUAUAAGUACAUGGAACUACAUUAACUCAUAUAUCCUAUUGAGGCUGAUGUUCAUUAACCAAAGAAUGCAUACAAAUUGGUUCAUUUGUAUUUAGGGGUCCAGGUACUACAGUUGUGGUCAUUCUUGACUCGGUCAGGAAUUUUGGAUUUGAACCCCCGGGUGGAACAGAAAUGGUUGGGUUAGUUUCUUGUCGCCUAAUACCUUGUUCACUUUGCAGUAAAUAGGUACCCCAUGAGUUAGUUAGCUUGUUGCGGGGUUACAUCCUGGGAAGGGUCAGUAAUUCCACCCUGGGGAAACCUCAGUAUAAGCCUAACAUGCAUAUCCUGCAUUAUUAAUUACUAAAAAAGAAUUAAAAUUAAUUAUAUACACUGGCUACCUGUUCCUUGACACAAUGAAUUUUUAUUAUUAUUAUUAUUAUUAUUAUUAUGAUUAUUAUUAUUAUUAUAAUUAUUUCCUCAAAAACUAUUCAAUUUGUAUAUUUAUGUUCAUAGCAUGCACACACAGUGAUGCAGUAAUUGUGAGGAUGGUUUGGAAAAAUAAUACAAAUACAAUUGAUCUAUGAAAUUAGUGUACUGUACCAACACACCUUUUAUUGGGUUCCCAUUAUCAGGCUUAUAUUGAGGUCUUCUCCCCACUCCCUCCCUGUGCCAGUAACUGACUCCCCAGCAUGCAACCCACAAUAGUUGCCUAAAUCCUGAGUACCUAUUUACUGCUAGGGUAACUGAAGCUGACCAUAUAGUCACCUAUGUAGUUGUUGGUAAAACCCAAUGAUGCUUAACCUGACAGUGAUAUAUACUUAAGCCGCCAUGACACAUCCGAUGGAUAGCCAUAGAGCUGACAAAAUUUCUAGUCAGAUGUAUUUCGGCUCAUUAACCAUAUUAUGUUAUUUGGAGAGAGCAACAAUGCAAUCAAUCGAUAAAUGUGAAAACUUUUUAUUUGAUAUUAAAAUUUUGGUUCAUAGAAAAAAAUAAAAAAUAGUACAUCCUUCAUAUAACCUGUCCUCUCAAAUAAUAUAUCGCAUUUGGACGUCAAAAUCCUCAAUGGACAAAACAUGAUGCACUAUAAAUCAUAACAGGUCACAAACAACCACUUUUUCUAUACAUGGAUAGAAAAUGUGGUAAGUUAGAUUAGGUUAUGCAUAGACAGAUGCAUUACUAAUAUAGUGUACUGUAAUUGUUUUAUAUUAUAUAAACAGUUGACAGCAGGUGCAUAACCCCGAUAUUCAGCAAACUUUUAUUCUUCUUUAUUUUAUGUCAGCCGUACUCUUUUGAUACACAGUUUUUGUUUUGUCCCGUGUUUGUUGACCUCACUCUGGCCCCUAUGUCACGGGUUUGACCAGGUGUGUAACAUGGGCUUCAACAGGUGUGAAACAUUAGCUUAAGCUGGUGUGUGGCAUGGGCUUGAUAAGGAUUGUGACAUGGGCUUGAGCAGGUGUGUGACAUGGGCUUGAGCAGGCAUGUGUCAUAGACUUGAAUAGGUACUAUAUGUGACAUGGGGUUAAUCCAGUGUGUAACAUGGGGCUGAGCCAGUGUGUAACAUGAGGCUGAGCCAGUGUGUAACAUGAGGCUGAGCCAGUGUGUAACAUGGGGGCUGAGCCAGUGUGUAACAUGGGGGCUGAGCCAGUGUGUAGCGAGGCUGAGCCAGUGUGUAACAUGGGGCUGAGCCAGUGUGUAACAUGGGGCUGAGCCAGUGUGUAACAUGGGGCUGAGCCAGUGUGUAACAUGGGGCUGAGCCAGUGUGUAACGAGGCUAAGCCAGUGUGUAACAUGGGGCUGAGCCAGUGUGUAACGAGGCUAAGCCAGUGUGUAACAUGGGGCUGAGCCAGUGUGUAACGAGGCUGAGCCAGUCUGUAACAUGGGGCUGAGCCAGUGUUUAACAUGGGGUUGAGCCAGUGUGUAACAUGGGGUUAAGCCAGUGUGUAACAUGAGGUUAAGCCAGUGUGUAACAUGGGGCUGAGCCAGUGUGUGACAUGGGGUUAAGCCAGUGUGUGACAUGGGGCUGAGCCAGUGUGUGACAUGGGGUUGAGCCAGUGUGUGUGACAUGGGGCUGAGCCAGUGUGUGUGACAUGGGGCUAAGCCAGUGUGUGACAUGGGGCUGAGCUAGUGUGUGACAUGGGGUUAAGCCAGUGUGUGACAUGGGGUUGAGCCAGUGUGUGUGACAUGGGGCUGAGCCAGUGUGUAACAUGAGGCUGAGCCAGUGUUUAACAUGGGGUUGAGCCAGUGUGUAACAUGGGGUUAAGCCAGUGUGUAACAUGAGGUUAAGCCAGUGUGUAACAUGGGGCUGAGCCAGUGUGUGACAUGGGGUUAAGCCAGUGUGUGACAUGGGGCUGAGCCAGUGUGUGACAUGGGGUUGAGCCAGUGUGUGUGACAUGGGGCUGAGCCAGUGUGUGUGACAUGGGGCUGAGCCAGUGUGUGACAUGGGGUUAAGCCAGUGUGUGACAUGGGGUUAAGCCAAUGUGUGACAUGGGGUUGAGCCAGUGUGUGUGACAUGGGGUUAAGCCAUGGGGUGAGAAAUUACAUCAUGGAGUUAAAACUAUUUUGUCAGAAAUUAAUAAUUAUCAAAACAAAAAUAUUAACACAUAUUUUAAAACAAUAUUUUGUAUAAUUUAAGAAACUGGAUUAUAAAUUAUUUGAAGUUUAUAUUUCAAAUUUUAUAAAUUUGAAUCACAGAAAGAAUCUGUAUUACAUAAGGAUGCAAUAGGUAAUUAUACAGUAUAGUUCAUUAGCCCAGGCCCUUGAAAAUGCUUUACAAAAUACCACACAAAACAACUAAACAAAUAAUAAUUAUGCUUGUAAUUUGCCUGGUUUAUGUAUAUUUAUGGUUAUAAAAAUAGUACAAUAUUAUAAUUUUUCCAUCCACUGAAGGUACUGCACACCCAACACUUAAUACUUCAAGACCCGGCACUGGUUUUUUCAAAGCAUUUCCUGGAUGAUUCUUCAAGUUAGUGUUAAGAAAUGAACUAUCAUGUGACUUAACUAUUAACAACAAAUAUGUAAUAUUGAAAAUGUUUGAAAAUGUUAAAGUAAAUUUAACCUGUCUUGAUCAGUGGUAUUUUGUUCUCCAUUCCUUAAGGAAGAUGUCUCGUGUAGAAUUUCUCAUGACUUUUUUUUCACAAAUGGAAGAGUCAUCACUUUCACUGAGAAGCAAAGUUUAUACAUGUGUAAUGUGUAUUGAAUGAGUAGCAUCAGAGGUAGAACAUUUCUGAAUGACAAAGCCUGAGUGCGUGGGGGAUUGUGUGAAAAUCCUGUUCUGGCUUCAGUGGAAGCCUCAGGAAACCCUCGUGUGUUCAGUAGAACAAAGGCAAUCCUUUUACCAUGUCGUUGCCAGGUUAUCUGGGACGUAUAUGUAAGAAUAUCCACUGCAUAGGUUCGAAUCCUCAUCACUGGCUCCAACAGAUUUUCUCAUUGAUACAUCACGUUUGUGUGAUUACUCUGUGAACAUUUGCAAAGUUUAUACAUAUGCACAAGUGAGAGCAAAUAUAAGAAAUAAAGAACACUUAAGAAAAUUGCAUGUUGAAGCAAAAUGAGAGAGAAUGAAUGUGUAAAUAGUAAGUAAAAAGGCUGUGUAAGGGUGGAGGAAAUGUGAAAGACCACCAGGAGAUGCUGCAAUGUGUCUGCAGCUAAAGAAAAGUAUCACAGACAUAUCACAUGGAUAAGCAAGGCCAGUUGGUCUACAGCGCUACUUGCUGGGAACAAGUUAGUCUAAAUUUGAAAUGACACAUAGAUUUGUGGCUGUCAAUGACUUGUACAAUUGUUGUAAAGGACAUAUUUAUUUAGUAUAAAUUUUAAGCUUCUUAAUUUAAAGACUGCACGUUACAAAUAAGGUAAAUGUGCUUUUUGGACAACAAUUUUUUUAUUCAGCACUAUUAUUAAUAAACAAUAGCUUAAAAAUAUCUCAACUCUUGGUUUGAGGUAAUAAAUGUGAUGUGUAACAAUGUUGACCAAGUAGGAUUGCAAAUAUCUAAAAUUCAAUGUUUACACAGCAAGUAUAUUUUUGUUAUGAAUACCAUUUUUAGUGUCUUUGCUGUUAUGCAUUAUUUUUAGAAAACAUUGCUAAAUAUCUUUACUAGUCUGUAAUGCCAAAUAAGAGUACAGUAUGUACCAGUUAUUUCAUAAACUUGUUUACUGUAAAUACACAAUGCCAAAUAUGUACUAAAUGCCACAAUAAAGUAAAUAUUAUUAUUAUAAA